AUGACGUCUUCUGUGACCUUUUUGGGGGCCAACCACGGAUUGCAAGUUGGACAGAAUUAUGGGAGUAUCAAUGCGCAGUUUCAUCUGCCGCCGGAGGAUGACUCUGUGCCUUUUAGUCCGGUAUCUACAACUCCUUUUGAGGGAGAUCCCGAUUUUCUCCAGCCAGGUUCAUUAUCACAGCAGGUGGCCGGUAUUUGCUCCAAGCCUGCAGCGAGGCUUGCUCUCGUAGACACUGGUGGCAUCGGGGAAUAUCAGAUAGCCAUUGAGCACGCGUACCGGACACACGACCAUUCACCAGACACAUGGGUCUUCUGGAUUCAUGCCAGUAACUCAGCUCGGUUUGAGUUAAGCUAUCGCGAGCUUGUAGAUAAAGUCAAAAUUCCGGCGCGUAUAGAUCCAAAUACAAAUAUAUUCAAGCUUGUUCAUGGUUGGCUUCAAGAUCCCAACUUGGAUAGCCUCGAUAAUGAUGAUUUCCUUCGCCGAGUCCCAUCUGGAGGCACACAUCCCUCACCUUCUUGCCGCGAUGCACUCAUGCAUCAGUUACCUUCACGACACGAGGCCAUCAUGUUGCGGAGAGUGGACCCCGAUGAAUCCCAUUCAGUGGCUCUUAUGAAAAAGAAGCUCAGAGCGGAGCAAGAGUUUGAGAACAAGGAUGUCAUUGAACUCGUGAGAGCUCUUGCUAGUAUUCCUCUUGCGGUCAUCCAAGCCGCCGCAUACAUUAUCAAGAAUGCGCCUCGGUUCACAGUAGGCCAGUAUCUGGAGCAAUUUCAGAAGAGCGAUCAGAAGCGAGUCAAGCUUCUAGAAUACGAAGCUGGGAAUCUUCAGCGAGACUGGGAGGCAAAGACUCUAUCCUGGUAA